AUGGUGCCGCCCGCUGACACUUAUGACUUUCAAGCGAGCAUAGAAGCACUUCAUCUUGUCUCCAUGAACGAAGCGCCUCCUGUCCCCCUAGACGACAGACUCGCGAAAGAUCUGUCGCCCGCAGAGCUGAGAGAACUGCUAAAUCGUGCGCAACAACGAGAGUCAGAGAGCACCUCUAUCAAGACCGAAGACGAAGCCACUACCGGAGUCAAGCGCGAGAGGACCAUCGAUGAUGACGACGAAGUGACCUAUGUCGAGACGCGAAAGCGCAAACGUCCGCACGUGGAGCGAGAAAUUAUUGUGUUAGACUGA